AAAACACAGAUUGAAAAAUUAAAAAUAUUUAAUUCCUGUAUACUCUCUCCCACUUUUCAUAUCCUUCUUUGGCCUCUGAAGUACUCUUGACAUUGAUCUUUCUUGUCUUGUCUUGAAGAGUACGUUGCUAGUAACAUGAUGCCGUGAAUGUGUUGAGAUAGCGACUUAAUUCGGGGACGGGCACAAAUGCUGCCUUACUGAACUACCAUCACUAAUGUCUUCAGGAUGCGGGUUUCUCUGGAAAUCUAAAGCUGUAAAUGGGGGGGAAGGGAUUUGGGCAAAAGGUUGUCCUUAAGUUAAGGAACUUAACUCUCCUUAACUGGACAGAGAAGAUAAUUUUAGGAGGGGAAAACCCCCCAAACUUUAGACACUGUAUGGACUACCAUCUAAUAUGGUAUUCAGAAAGUGAACGUGCAUGAUAAAAAUACAGAAACAAUUACUCAUUUAAGAAUUAUUUUUAGAAUGUUGUAUUAAAAUUGUUGCAACUUUUUUGAGCUUGCUUUUGUGGAUUUUUUUGUUGUUAUGGGGAUUUGAUUUUGUUUUUACUUCUGGUGAAGCAUUUCUCAUCAUUCUAAAUGUAAUUUUGUUAUUAUUUUAGUUAGUGGUGGUGUUCAGUUAGUUUUGUAUUGUGACCAUAUUUUGAUAGUUUUCUAUUCUGAUGGGCUGAAUCAAAUAGAAGCAUUGCGAAUUGUCUGAAAUAUGUCAUUGUUUAUUGUCAAGCUGAAACUGACCAUGGUGCCUUUUUUAUCUUUAUCCUUUUUUGAGAAUAAAGACCAGUUUCUUCACGAUGAAGUUUCAUCUUCAGUGUCACAACUUGCAACAAAGGUUCAAGGUGCAAGUUUCCGGGGUUGGAAGGAAGUGACGUCUAUGUUCAAUAAAGACGAUGAACAGCAGUUGCUAGCAGGAUGCAAGUCUCCAAAAUCCAAAGGAACGAACCUAAAAUUAAAGGACGAGAUGAAGUCAGAAAAGAAGCCAGGUUUUUGGGACAGUUUGGUGAUAAAACAGAAUGUCCAAUCUAGGAAAGCAGAUGAGAUUGAGGGAUGGGAACCACCACAGAUUACUGCUGCUGACUCUACCAGUGAUGCAGCAAAUACUUUAAGUGACUAUACAGCCUGGUCAGGCUGGGAAGAUGAAACCAAAGGCUCCACAAAAUAUACAAACCUGGCCAGCUCAGGAAACAGUUCCAGGUGGAGUAUCAAAUCAGCUGGAAAGCUGGUUAGUAUUAGACGGCAGAGCAAAGGUAACCUUACUGACAACUGGGAAGAACUAGAAUGAUAUUGGUAACGUGAAAUACUUUAUAAAUAAGAGAAAGGUUCCAUGAUUUGCUUGUAUGUUUAAACCAAAAUCAAAUCUGCUCAAUAUUGCACCUUUAUACAGUACUUCGUUUUAUUCAGAUUGUUACAAUUUUUGCUCACCUAAUAGUGAAUUUUCUUAUUACAUUGUUAAAUAUCUGUUUUCCACACUGAGAAAAGUAGAGAAUCUAUUUUGUGCCUAUAUUUCACAUUCAGACUUUGCAGUAUGUUGGAUUGUUGGUUUUACCAAAAAAAUGUAAUUCCUUAAUGAAUGUAUACACUGGUUGUAAAUUUGACUGCCUUAUGUAGGAACUUCCACUAGCUUGAGGUCCUGGGUUUUCUUCUGGUAUUUGAGGGUCACUCAAAAUUUUAGUUUUGAUGCUGUCCCUUUUUUAAUAAGAACAGUGAUCUGUAGCUUGCGGGAAGAGUGCUUAUACUUAGUACACUGUUUUCCAAAUCUUCAGCCUCAGCAUAUGCUUCAGCUUGUGCACAGGAGAUGCUCAACUGUCACAAUGUGCUGUACUGUGUACGAAAUGGGAAAAUAUUACUCUAAUGUAAUUCCUUCCAUCAUAGGAACUUCACCAAGAGUCAGGUCAAACGGGUCUUCCAAAGUUUUUAUACUGAGCGUUAUUUGACAUAGCUAAAAUUUUCAGUUUUUAAGAGACAUGUCAUGCCAAAAAUGGAAAUGUAAAUAAUUACUGAAAACCUGGCAUAGAGUAGAGCAUAAAAUAUCUCCAUAUUCAAAAUCUGUAGUCCUGAAUCUAGGGGUAUGUUACUUCUUAUGGAAGGGUGUAUGUUCUCAUUUUUACAAAAGCUGAUUCUUGUUCUACAAAUUUUUAGCUUUUCUUUUCCAUAAGCAGUGAUUGAAUUAUACUCUGGCAUUUUCAGGAUAACUGAGCCAUUGCAAGUAUGUGCAUGCACACGACUUCUGAAGCAUUUUUAUUAUAAAGCUCUGUCUUAUUAGCUACUGAUAUUUUCAUUUUUGGUAAAAGGGGGCAAAGUGUUGAACUUGAGAUUUGAAAUGUAUAUAGAAUACUAAAAGUGCCUCUUUCUAGCAUAUUGUCUCUCGUUAGCAGGGUGGCCAAUGUCAGAUCUAAAACUAGAUUUUGUUUAUAUGACCUAUAUAAGUACUACUUUAAUGCUCAUGGGAAAAGAUCAAUCAUUAAAAAAUGAACACUAGGACUUUUCUGUCCUGAUUGUUAAACUGGUAUAGCAGAACUGAAACUUGUUGACUGCCUAGCGAUAUGCCUAGUACAAUGGGAAGAUCAAAUCAGCAUUUCGGACAAAAUCAACAUUUUUACAAGAAAGCAUAUAUCUUUAUAUGUAAUGGACAUCUUGUAAACAUAUUUUUAUGAGAAGAUUAUGCUAAUGAGAAGGGAUGCAUGCAAUUUUCUUCUAAGCCUGUAGCUUGUUUCUGUUACUGCCUCAUUACUCCUUUCUUAGCUCUCUCUCCUCUCUCUUUGGAUUCAUGUAUGCUUUUCUGGCUUGAAGUUUCUGCACAGCUAUUUGGAGUUUCCUCUCUAGAUGGGCCUGGAGGGAAACUGUAUCAAAGUGGGUUUUUUCUGUUUUAACAGGAUGUUAAAAGAUAUUGUUUUUAAGUUAUAUAAAAGAUCAUCAGUGUUUGUGCUAGAAGACAGGAUCUUGAAGCUGACAAAAGCUUUUAUGAAAUUGGCAUUACAUAUUUAAAAAGAUACUAUUAGAGGAGAAAGGGUUAGCAUUUGUAUAGCAUUAUUUAGUCUGCUAGUAAAACAUGUUCGCCUUUGGCAAGUACGUAUGCUGAGGUUAAUUAUAGAAAAGAAUUAGUAUACUUGGGUGAGGUAUGCUGCAUUUUGUAGCUUAUGGAAUACCCUCUAAGGCAUGAGCAGGUGUAUAGUUUGGUUGUUGGUGCUGACCUAAAAGAAUGGAAAAAGAUCUGCUAGCAACCGUCAAUAUAUUGCUCUCAAAGAUGGGCUGAGAACUUUUUAAUUCUCCUCCUGAAGUAACUAUUUAUACUGUGACCAGUAAAGGUUUUGCCUUGCACAUUAUACUGUCAAGUGCCUGUUUCUCACGUUGAUGAUGUGUUUGAUGCACAGCCGAACUGCAAAAUUCUUCAAUUUGUUUUUAAAUUUAUGAUAAAGCUGAAGGCUAUUAUAAAACAAAAUUGCAUCCAAGUGGGAAACUGGGAUACGUAUACUAAAGGUCUGACUCUUAGCGAUGUACGUUUUGGUGUGCUUUUUAAGUGAUAUUUCCUCAGAAAUAACCAUUUUAAGGAUGAACAUUAUAUUAAAUUUAAUAUAAUUUAUUGUUAUGCUUUGGUAAUGUAUUUGUCUUUUGAGAACUCACUGGUGUGAGCUUUUCUCUUAUGUUCAUAAACCUGUUUGUUUGAAUUUUCAGAAUGGGUUCCUUUUUUCUUUUACCUUCUUUAAAUGCUUAAUUACAUUAUAGAUUUAUGGGCUUAAACUGUAUGCAACUCCAUAUGUGGAAUAAGUGUAAAAUAUGUCCCUUAAUAUUUGUUUUGAAAUUGCAUCUCAAUCUUUAUGAAGUGGUUUAGAAGAAGAUAGCAUUAAGAUUGUAUAAUAAGAUUGCACAAAAUCAAAUAUAGUUUAUAUUGCUUUCUCGUAGCCAAUCUGCAUGAUUGUUGGUGUGGUUUUAACGGGAAUUAAAAGCUUCACGUGGCUGUAACUAGUCACUUAUCUCUAAGCAAAGUUCUCUCUGGGUAUUUUUAUUUAUUAGCAUCAUUUGCAAAAAAAAAAAA